AUGGAAACGUACUACGGCUUUGUAAGCACCAGCGAAGACGCCCUCGCCUUGUUCGAGGCGUGUCGGCUAGGAUACAAGCAGCGGGUGCCACGACGCCUCAGCGACGCCGAGCGCGCAGCCAUUCGAUCAGGGUCGAUAUUUGUUUGGGAGGAGAACGAGUCUGGCAUGAAGCGGUGGACGGACGGGCGCAGCUGGUCGCCGUCCCGCGUGCAGGGCUGCUUUCUGACAUACCACGAGUGGGAGGGCCGGCGCCGAGCGCAGCGACACCCGACAUUCCACACAAUGCACGGCUUCAACAUGUCGAUGCUGCCAGCGUCGAUGGCGGGCAUCCACGGUAUGCCAUCACAGCCCAUUCCCAUGGGUAUCGCCCGGUACGGGCAUUUUACAGGCGGACCAACCAAGGCAGGCUCGUCGCAGGUACAGUACGGGUUCCCCAAGGAGAACGGCAUGCUAAAGAAGGCAUUGUCAAUCAAGACCAACGACGGCAAAAAGCUGCAUAUCAUCGCGUACUACUCCAAGGAGGACCAUGCGCGCCGCCGGCUGCUGACACCCACCAACGACCCCAACUUCCCCAAGCUGGUGGUGCCGCCCAACCUAUAUCCCGACAUGUCGCCC